ACGUCACGCCCUGUGUAUCCCUAAUCUUUAGUACACCUAUUGUUCAUCGCUUAUUUCCUGUACUGCCGAAGACAAGGCUUUCUGUCGGUAAUCAUGCUCUCCGGUGUGCCGCACGCGGUCAGACUACCGACGACGAACUGAACGUGAGAAGAGGCCGCCCGUCCGCGCGUCACUGUUGAGUUUGUGGAGUAAACAGACCGAGCGGCGAACACACCGACCAACGUCAGAGGUGGCCGGGGCUCGAGGCUCGGCGUUGGGUUUGUAACCGGACGUGGAGAACGUUAGACUACUGCUAAAUUACACGAACGAGCAGUCAACUUUGUCACGAAGGAGCUUUAAACUUCACACGUAAACGAGGAAUUACGCGCAUGGGAAUGGGAGAAGCGGCUCCGGCGCGCGCCACAGCUGCUGGCUUUUCUCAAAUGUUGGGCGUCGGUUCGGUAGGAGCUGUGCCGGCGGGAGCGGCUGGGACGGCGUCCGCUCCGCGGGGCUCGGUCGUCCCGCAGCUGCACACCGCCAUAGUCGAGCGUCUGCGCGCUCGGAUAGAGCUGUGCCGACGUCAUCACUCCACCUGUGAAACGCGCUACCGACGCGGUCAGGCGGAGACCUCGGACCGGGAGCGCGAGGCCACCCUUCAGCUCCUGAGCAUCGUGCAGCAGGGACCUGGAAACAGGAAGACCAAAGGGACCAGAUCCGGCACUCAGCAUGCCUUGGAGUACAGCAGGGUGAACGGAGAACAGAAACCUCGCAUUUCAUCAGAUGCAGAAUCGAAACUUUCUACACGGAUUGCUCUCCAGGGUUCACUGAGAAGAAAGAUAGAGGGGCCAUCUGGCUAUACUCCUAAGCAGAAUGGCUUAUCCUGUAUGGGCACAACACCAGACUUCAAGCGUGUUCGGAUGGAGACCAUCUCACUUCUUCCUAGUUCUUCUGCUGUGGACUCAGGACAGUCUCAAAGCUUAGGAGGUCCUUUGUCUCUGUCUCACACACUUCAGCCUAAAGACCCCUUCAUGAUGCCCCUUGGUGUUGGAAGUGAUCUCUUCAACAUGACUCUCAGGGAUGUGAAGAAAGAGCCAGCAGAUAUCCAGACCUGCGGCCAUUCUCUAACUGAUCCAGCAAUGGCUGUGUUUGAGUUCAAGGAUGAGGCUGGAGGACCGAUUGACCCUGAACUUCAGGACUUGUUUGAUGAACUCACCAAAUCAGUACCACCUCUCAAUGACCUGGAACUGGAAAAGAUGCUGAAGCAAGAUGAUGAGUUUGGGUUGGAUCUUGGUCGCCCCAGCUCAGCUAGUGCAGCCCAUCCCUGUCCCCACUUAGAUAAACCAAUCAAGACCGAAUACUCACCUGAUUUUGGCCAGGUGCCAGGAAGCUCUCCACAGCUCCGGCCUGCAUCAGCUGGUCCAUCCUUUUCCAUGGCAACCACGGCUUUAGCAACUUCUCCAGCGGUGCUGGGGCACAUGGCCCGUGGUCAUGUGUCUCAGGCAUCAGCAACAGCUUCUAGGGGACUACCAGCCUGGCCUGAGAUAUCACAUGCUGAGCAACUAAAGCAAAUGGCAGCCAAUCAGCAGCCCAAACAACCACCCAAUGCUCUAAUUCACCACCAACAGCAUAACCAAGCUGCAAGGCUGCAAAACUGGCCUUCUGCCAUGGACCCCAAUUCCAAUCCCUUUGGUCAGGAAAUUAUUGCCACCCCUAGUCUGUUAAGGCAGCCAGGAAUUGGCCCUCAGAGCUCUGGUCAGGGCAAAGGUGUGGCCAACUGCCUCUUCAAGCCCAGCGGGUAUAACCAGACUAAUUCCACAGAUAUAAAAGCUCUCAGGACUAGACCUAGGCUAAAUUUCACUACUAAAGCAUCUACCAUCACAAGCCAUGUGGCUGGGUCACAGAGCAAACCAUCUAUACAAAACCCAGAGUCUACAGAAAGCCAAAACAUUCAGUUUCAGUUAACUAUGCAGUCAUCAUCUUGUCUACAGCCCAAGCCCCUGAGCCAGCAUGUUCCAGUUAAUCUUAAAAUAACCCAACAAAGACAGGCAAUGGCACAUACAACACAUUUAUCAGCAAACAGUCGCCUUGUUGAGCUGUGCGUGCCACAGUGCUCAGCUACUCUCAGUACUCAGCAAAAACAUGCAGGCAAAGGCCAGAGACAACUGAGCCAACCUCAGCACCAGUCCAGUGACACAGAGAAGUUUAACACACAAGAUCAGUUUAAUCGGCACUUAACGAGGCCUCCACCUGACUACAAACAUCCACAAGGGGCAGUUGGAGUACAACAUUCAAACCUGUACCCAGGUCUGACAUCUUCCCCAGUGAUGAGUAAUGGCUCAGAUCAGAGUCAUAUCCAGGCCCUCUCAUGCCACAUGCAUAAUGGCCAGCGAGUGAAAGUGGUGCCCAACUCUGGAGACCGAAGGUUCCAUGUUAGAUCAGAUCCACAUUCAAGUCCGCUAGAAGUCCAAACUUGUGCAAGCAAACUGCACCAACAACCUAACAGCCAGGUCCAAAUUGCCAUACAUCAAAACAAACCACAGUUUCAGGGAUCAAACACACAGGUUGUCACUUUUCAAUCAGGCAUUGUGUCGACUACACAGCAUUCAAGGACAAGUGCAAGCCAAGACACACCGCUGGGCCAAGGACUGGAUGGAAUCACCACCCCUAUGAGCAGGGAGACUAGCUGGGGAACUGCUCCAGAGAAAAGCAGAACUUUGCCAGUACUAGAUGUGAAGAGACACCAGAGCACAGCAACACCCCAGAGUGACCAAACCAAUGGUCACUUUGGACAAAGACCACCAUUUGGUCCACCAAAUCAGGUAGCACCUCUUUCUGGACAGAUCCCCUUAAACUCUGCAAGUAGGAGCUCUGUUCCCAGAGCCAGCCAUGUGCGCAUACACACUCUACCUGGGAUCGGCAGUCUAAACCAGUCCUCUCCUGAACAGCAAGGGUGCAUGAGCACUUUUGUGGGCAGCACAGCCGAAAGCCCGGGUACUUUCCAGAACAGCCAGGCAGGCCGGCUGACGUUUGACUUCCUGCAGGAUGGGGAUAACACAUUGCCAGGAAUCAAUGCAGACUCGGACUUCAUCGACUCCCUGCUCAAGUCCACUUCAGGCAAUGAUGACUGGAUGAAAGACAUCAACCUAGAAGAGAUUCUGGGUGGUCAGUCUUGAACAAGAGAUUUAGUAACAUAGCUGAGAAUACUAAUUAUUUUUUAAAUAUUUUUUAUAACUUUCAGUUCUAGAAGCUUUCUAUAUAGCAUGAUGUAAUAGACUUUGAAGCUGUAAUUUUGGUAUACUGUCAUUCUUGUGUUCACGUAGACAACUUGUGUUGCAGGUAAUAUUAAGCUUAGAUUAAGCUUUUGUCAUUUAAUCUAUAGUAUUUAUGGUCUUGAUAGUAUCUUAUCUUAUAUUAUGUAACUAUGCACUUCCCUUUGUAAACCAGUGCAGCUCAGUGGACUCUGCAAAUUGCUGUAAUGCUAGAGGAAAGGAGAUGUGCACAAAGAUGAUAAAUUAGCCACAUUGCUUCAUAUUAUGCUUGUAAUCGCUAUUGUUAUUCUGUGACAAUGCAACAAGAUUGUCUACUUCCUAGCUAUAAGCUAUGGUUAGCAACACUGUUGCAAUUAUGUGGCAAUACAUAGGGAAACUACAUAAAAACACAUAUUCACAGCUGUUUGAAGGAGGUGUGUUUUAGUCUGGUGUAGAUAUGCACCAGUGUGGAAUUGUUGAGCCAAUUAACUGUUCUUUAUCAUUUUUACCUUCUUGUGGCCAUUUAUCAUACAGAUAACAGAUGUGUGUACUUUUUUUGCACUUUAAAGUCACUCUAAACUUCAGAAAUGUUUUUAGAUUGGUUUUUAUAUUCUUUCAAAGGAACCGUUUUGAGUUUUCAGGCUGGUUUAGUGUGAAAAGUCUCAGUGGUUAGUGUGAAAAGUGCAGUGGCUUGCUGCAUUUUUUUUAUUAUUAUAAAAUACGGCAUCGUGAAAUUUAAGCCUGUCAUGUUCUCAUGUGCAAAUGCAAGACAUGCUCUAAUCAUACAUUGAAAUCUUAGUCUAACUACCUACCUAACUAAUGAAGCUAAUAUUAGGUAGCUUGCCUGCCUAGAUACUGGACCGUAUAAGUCGAUUUUGACACAUCUGCAAGUAGCCAUCAUUGAAUGUCAAACAUGUAAGGCUUUAUCAUACUGGUUUCUUGCCAUUGCAAAAUAUUGCUGGUCUUCUGUUAUUACACAGGAUUAUUGGGCUGGGGUGCAUGUAGAGUUGAGGGUGUUUCCAAAUUACAUAUUCAUAUAAUCUGGAUUCCAUAUAAUCUGAGAGUAAACGAAUAGGCAUGCUUUUAUUCAACAUAGAUUUUGGGUGACUAAAAUAAUUUACAGUAUAAUCCUUAUGAGAUGUAAUGAAUUUCUAAAAAGCUAAAUUACUAACUGGGUUUAUUCAUAAAAUCAGCUUUGUAUGGACUGUAUUACAGAUGGGUAUAAUGAGAAAGGGAGAAUUCACUGUGGACUGAACAAUUGGCACACACAAAAUCUUACUAAAACAGCUUGGAGUGCAACACCUAUCAUAAACACCCUGUUGUCCACAAACGUUGCACUUGACAAAAAGACAAAUCAGUGAUUUAUAUUAAGUUUUUCGUGUAAGUGCAUUGGGUGGUUGGGGUUAGGGUUAAGCAGAAAUAGUGCUUGUACAAGCAAAAAUGGCAUGCCAUGAUAUUCGUUGCAAGUAUCAUCUGAUAUUCCACUAUUGGGCCACUUAUAGUUAUACAUGUUUAGUUAGUAAUCAUGGGAUAUUAUGCCAAAAUACUAGGCUACUGUCUUUGUGCAUGUCUCCUAUUACAAGACCUUUGUGUGAGACCAAGGCAGGAUGUGUUAAAGUUGCUAUUAGGCAUCGCCGAAAUCCACCCCAGGAUCAGCUCAGUGCUGAUAUGCAAGAUGCAUUUGUUCAGUUUCAAGUAAAUAAAAAAUAAAGAAAAAAUAGCAAAGAAAGUAAAAGUAAAAGGUUCAGUGUAAAAGAAAAUAAAGAAGGAAAUACAGAUUGAUAAAAGCUCUUGUUAUAGCUUUUAUCAUACAUCAAAACUAACAUUUUACAUUUGUUUUACAGAAACAUUCCUAGUGAAAGUAAUAUUUUGAGCAGACAUUGUCUGGACAAAUCCUAUUAAUAAUAAUGUCUCUAUAAAUCAGUUUUUCAUGCUGUUGUUUUUGGGGUUUUUUUUUUCUAUGAAAAGUUUUCUUCAUAAUGCAUUCUGAGACUGUAAUAGCCACUGAUGUCAUAUCUGUUUAUAUCAGUUUAGCCUUUUUAUAAAGACAGUGACAAUGAACUGAAGUGAUGUAAAUUUACCAUUUUCAGUACUCUGGAAACAAACUCUGGAAAGAAAAAGACUUAAUAUUAACAGGGCAUGAUGGCAGAAUUGUUUAAUUUGUAACUAACUCAACCCACAAACUUUCAUUGUACACUUAUGAUAAUUUAACAGCAUCCACAGGCUAUGAGAAUUUAAGAGCAUUCACAGACAAAUGCUAAUUUGUUUGGCCAGAGGUUUUUGAGUUAAAUAAACUGCUAUUUGUUGUUUUUGAUUGAGUAAAUAGAUUUGUUUGAAUUUAAAAGCACACAAAUGUCUCAUUCUCACAAUUCUGCAGGAGGCCAUUUUAUUCUUCAUAGGAUCAGCUAACAAUAGAAAUAGCUUGUUUGCAGCAGGUAUUUCCAAAUAAGAGAUAUGUUAACACUAUCCAUAUCUAUAAUUCUGCAAUAUCUUAUUUUCAGAUAAGAUGGAGACUUAAGUUUAGAUUUUAGUUUUUAUCUUUUAGAAUACCAAUAAGGAAAAAUUUUAGUUACCAAUAUGGAAAACAACCUCUCCCCUUCGGUAGGCUCCAUGUAGUGAUGGGUA